CUUUACCAACGUGUAUCGGUGUCUUUUCUUGUGGAUCUGUGAUAAAUAAAAGACACAGCAUUAUGCCACAUGAGAUUUAUUACUCUGAAAAGUAUUACGACGAUAAAUACGAGUACAGGCAUGUAGUUUUGCCAAAGGAAAUGGCAAAAUUGGUACCAAAAACCCAUUUAAUGUCGGAAGAUGAAUGGAGAGAAAUUGGUGUUCAACAGAGUAAAGGAUGGGUACACUACAUGACUCAUCAGCCAGAACCACAUAUUUUAUUAUUUAAAAGGAAAAUUACUACUCCACCACCUGAAAACUAAUCUUCAUGUAGCGCAUGUUAGGAAUGAAGCUCACCCUAAGAUCAUUGUUAAUUUUAAUUUUUAAUAGAGGAGUUUGGUCAUACAAGGUGAUACUACUAUCAAUGCAUUGAUAAUAUAUUGUGCAGAUGUUUAGCGUUUGUUGAAUAAUUAUGAAACGGAAUCCUAUGAAAUACUCAGUUAUUUUAAUACGAGAGAAAGUUUUUGAAACUAACUAGGCUCCUCCAGUACCAUUCCUGACUUGUCAUUUGAAAAUCACCAACAACAUAGUGUGUAUAUAUGUCUAUAGAAUAAUUUAAUACUUACUAGUAUUUUCAAGAUAGAGAGAUAAAAUCAAAGUGAAUCUGUACCAAUCAUCAUAAGGAUCCUGAUUUUCAGUUUACAUUAUGUCGCAGCAUUGAUCGUAAUUAAAUAGCUGUUACUGGAAAAAUACGUUCUGCGAUUGGUACAUUCAAUUUUGAUCUGUUUCAAUCAGUAUUGAUUAAUUUGGUGUCUAUAGUGAAAAUACUAGUACAAUGCGAAAUUGUGGAAACACAUACGUUAUAAAUUUAAUUUUGAAUGUUACUGUUAAAUCUAAUAGUCAAUGUGUCUCCUGUCACGAUGUGCCUACUGUCAAAUUAAUGUUAAGAAAGAAGUUUGUAAUAAGAGUAUAAAGUCAUCUGUAAACAAUUUAUUUUUACUCUUUAAGUACUCUGCACUUUCAUAGUGAGUUAAUGUUUAAACGUACAUUUGUCACGGCUUUAAAUUUCUAAUGAUUGCCUCGUACACCAUGUAUUUACAGAGUUAAAUAACUUCAAUGUUUUGUUUUACUAAAAUUAUUACAGUUACACGUAACUAUAAAUUCAAGCAAAAUAAAUUUGUAUUUUUCGUAUACUGUG